GAAAACGAAACUAGAGAGAAUUCUUCUUCCGACACAGUCAACCUCAUCCCUUCCGACGAUGUUUUCGGUCACGGCAUGGCAUGCAUCCCGACGUCCAGAUCCCUUCUUUCGCAUCGUACAUCUUUUCCUCGUCGUCAUCAUCAAAAUUGUGUUGCUGUGUUCCCCCCAUCGGGUCAAUGUCACCAGUCCGCGCUUCGCUUACUUUUCCUCCGCCCUUUACAAAGCAUUCGCUUACACGCUUCCAGUGUAGGAAAAGCGAAGGGGAAAAGGUCGAAAACGAUACAUCGUAUUCGCUUCUUUCCCAGCGGCCGAUUCCAGCUGCUUUGCCACAAGGGGAAAAGGGAAAAGAUAUCCGAAGCCAACCACCAGAAGAAGGGACGACUAGCCACCCACGGCCGAGCUUCUCUGGCCCUGUGCUGCUGCUCCUCCCUUCUCACUCUACUUUCCUCGCCUCUCUUUCAUAUCUCUCGCUUUCAUCUCAGUCCGAUGCUAUGAAUGUCUUGGUGUACCAACUUUCUGUUUGUAAUUUUCAUGAGUUUCUUCCGAUCGCUCCAACGAGCCCUCACCAGAGAAGAAUGCGUGAAGGGGCUUUUGACGUGAACCUGCUUUACUUUCUCUAAAAGCCGCAUGUACCACUGCCCCUUCUUUCAUUUACCAUCCUUGCGGUGCAGAGAAGGCACGGCGACUCAAUCCGACUUCGGCUGUCUCGCCAAGAUCGUGGCAAUCCAGAGUGCUU